ACUGGGUAUACAAGUAUAUAAUGCAUGCCUUCUGUGGACUAAUAACUUAUACAAACGUUGACUUCCUGUUAAUGCAUCCAGGCUGUUCACUGAGUAGGCUUUGUAUUCUAAUGUGUUUUAAGCCAUGAAAACUGCAAAAUCAGUGGUACUGAACAACAGCAAGAUGUUGAGGCGUGUCACAGGAAUGAUGACGUAUAUCCGGUUUUGGAACCUUGUUGUACACACAAGACUUCCUUGGAGUAGGACAGGAGAACGCAGUGGAAAGUGUCUUGCAGUUUUGACAGCGAGCAUCUCAUUUAUGUGUGUACCGGAGAACCCUGAGAAUGGCAGAUGACAAGGAUGUGUUGCGUGAUGUGUGGUUCGGGAGGAUUCCAACGUGUUUUACUCUAAACCAAGACGAGGUUACCGAGAGAGAGCCUGAACCAUUUUAUCUUCUUCUGCCAAGGGUCAGCUACUUAACACUCGUGACCGAUAAGGUGAAGAAACACUUUCUAAAGGUUAUGAAGCAAGAAGAUGUGGAGGAGAUGUGGUUGGAAUAUGAAGGAACCCCUUUGAAAUGGCACUACCCCAUUGGAGUGUUGUUUGAUCUGCACGCAUCAAAUUCUGCCCUACCCUGGAGCGUCACUGUGCACUUUAAGAGUUUCCCAGAGAAGGACCUGCUCCACUGCCCAACAAACUCUGUGAUCGAGGCUCACUUUAUGUCCAGCAUCAAGGAGGCGGACGCACUUAAGCACAAGGGUCAGGUCAUCAACGACAUGCAGCGGAAAGACCACAAACAGCUGUGGAUGGGCCUUCAGAAUGAUAAAUUCGACCAGUUCUGGGCAAUGAAUCGAAAGCUUAUGGAAUAUCCGACAGAGGAGGGAGGAUUCCGUUACAUCCCCUUUAGAAUAUACCAGGCUUUGAAUGAACGGCCAUUCAUCCAGAAGCUCUUCCGGCCGGUUUCAGCAGAAGGUGUGCCCCACACCCUGGGAGACCUGCUGAGGGAGAUGUGUCCGUCAGCUGUACACCAUGAAGAUGAGCCAAAGCGGUACCAGGUGGUGAUCCAUGGCAUUGAGCCCAUGCUGGAGACGCCGGUGCAGUGGCUGAGCGAGCACCUGAGCCACCCGGACAACUUCCUCCACAUCAGCAUCCUCCCCACGCCCAGCGACUGAGACCCGGGACACAAGAGGAGCGAGGGAGGAGAGAGACCCGGGACACGCGGAGCAAAAGAGGAGAUGGAUAGCAGAGACACAGAGAAGGGCGGGAAGAAAGAAAAGAGGGAGAGAGAGAAAGAGAAAGAUAGAGAGUGACUGUGUGUGUGUGUGUGUGUGUGUGUGUGUGUGUGUGUGUGUGUGCGUGUG